AUGCUCUCUAUCAAAUCUCUCAGCUUAAUUAUCUUAUCCACUUUGGUGUCUGAAUCCGUCUCAGCACCAACCAGUCUUCACGAAAAACGUGAUGGCGGCAACACCUGCUCCUUCCCUAACUCUGACGGCAUGGUUGCAGUGUUCAACACCAAGGUUGCCAACUCCGAGGGUUGGGCACAGGACGGCCCAUGCAAGGCCAACUCAUACUGUCAAUACGCCUGCCAACCCGGCUACUUGAUGGGACAGUGGAACCCUGAUGUCACCUCCUACUCCUACCCAGGUUCGCAAGACGGUGGCUUGCACUGUGACUCCAACGGUCAGUUGAGCAAGCCUAUCUCCAACAGCGACUACUGUGUCAAGGGCAAGGGUACCGCCAAGGCUGUCAACAAGGCUGGCGACAAGGUUGCCUUCUGCCAGACGGUGCUCCCAGGUAACGAGGCCAUGUUGAUUCCAACCGAGGUGGCCGGCGGCAGCGACAACGACUUGGCUGUUCCAGGCACAGACUACUGGGCCAGCACCGCCUCCCACUUCUAUGUCAACCCACCGGGUGUCUCUGCCCAGGACGGGUGUGUAUGGGGGUCCACCGACAAAGCACAAGGUAACUGGGCCCCAUACGUUGCCGGCUUCAACAUGGACGACAGCGGAAACACCUUCGCCAAGAUCGGCUGGAACCCUGUCUACUUUGAGGGCUCCAGUCCUUUCUCCAACACAAAGCCAAGCUAUGGUAUUAGAUUGAAGUGUGACGACCCAAGCAAGUGUAACGGUGACACAUGCGAAAUCAACCCAAGCAAGUACGGCUUGAACAAAAUGAGCAACCAGCAGCAGUCCAACUCCGACGGUGCCGCUUGGUGUGUCGUCACUGCCACAGGCAACUCUGGUGUCAGCGUCGAGGUCUUUGACGUCUGA